AUGCCUGUGAGGAUGUUUUCCGAGGAGGUUACACCAAGUACACCAAGAUUCACGUGCCAGGGUGGUGACUUCACAUGCCAUAAUGGUACUGGCAGCAGGUUUAUCUACCGGAAGAAAUUUGAGGAUGAGAAGUUCAUCCUGAAGCACACAGGUCCUGGCAUCUUGUCUAUGGCAAAUGCUGGGCCAAACACAAACAGUUUUCAGUUUUUAAUCUGUGCUGCCAAGACUGAGUGUCUGGAUGGCAAGCAUGUGGUCUUUGGGAAGGUGAAAGAAGGCAUGAACAUCAAGGAAGCCAUGGAGCGUUUUGGGUCCAGGAAUGGCAAGACCACCAAGAAGAUCACAAUUUCUGACUGCAGACAACUCUUAUGA